GAGUCUCGUUCUCUCAUCCAGGCUGGAGUGCAGUGGCGAGAUCUCUGCUUACUGCAAUCUCCACUUCCCGGGUUCAAGUGAUUCUCGUGCCUCAGCCUCCCGAGUAGCUGGGAUUACAGGCACUUGCCACCACGUCCAGUUAAUUUUUGUAUUUUUAGUGGAGACGGCGUUUCACCAUGUUGGCUAGGCUGGUCUCGAACUCCUAACCUCAGAGGAUCCGCCUGCCUCAGCCUCCCAAAGUGCUGAGAUUACAGGUGUGAGCCACCGCGCCCGGCCCCUUGUACCUGAUUUUGAAUGGAGUUUCAACCAAUCACAAACAGACAACCAGCCAAGUGGUUAUAUAAUUAGGGACCUCCCAUGUGACCACAGCCAAAUAAGGCAAACGCUUAGCUGUAGCCAAUCAAAUUUCUUUACUUUCGUGUUCAGCCUAUAAAGUUUGAUGCCUAGGCAGCUAGAGCAGGGGUGUCUGAGCCUCUUCUGGUUUUGACUGUUGUCCGAUACAAAAUCUAAGUCUGUUUUGUCUGAAAUUUUUAUUUCUACAAUACCUAUCCAGAAAUCAGUCUAGGCUGGAUAUUUGAAGGAAGAAAGGAAUAACUGGCUGGCAUAUUCAUCAUCUGUUGGAAAUCUCUCUUCUCCUUACACAUUUUCAUUAACUUCUUUAGGAAGUGUAAUUACAAGCGUUUUCCCACGAGCAGCCCCUACUAAUAACGCAUCAAGCUGCAUGAAUUCCGAAAAGCUUCAGAAAACUUGUGGUCUGAAACGCUACUAUGCUUGAGGUACAGGAAAGAAGGAUACUAUCAAAAGGCAUCAUUCAGCUGGCACGGAAGUGGGACAAGAAUUUGGGGGCAGGAUGGCCAAGUGCUAGGCCAAUUGACGGUCUCCAAACCAUUAUUAGCACAGUUCCUAUUCUGAGUGGAAGAGUAAAAACAGCUAUUGGAGAACUUGGACGUCAUCCGCCCUUGUCAAACCGUUUUCAGGAUUAAUGAACUUAAUUCAGCUUUUUCCACUACACCACACAGCCUCCUCUAAAACACCCUCCCUGCACAAAACUUACCCCCAAAGCACCAGGAACCUAGCUGGCUAAAGUUGAGCUUAGGAAAAACCUGAGUGGCUCCAGAGUCAAACUGCGGUAACUUUGAGUCUGAAGGAGUUAAGGCCAAAGUAGAGCUGCACAGAGGCCCACGUCGUGCAAGCGCCUGUCUCCUUCAGAGAAAGGCGUGCCGAGGUAGACUAGGCCCCGGACAGCAACACACCUUAUCCCAUCGCCAGCGUCCCGCACUGCCAGAGCGACUGGAGCAGACGCGAGCGCUGGGCACGUAGCCGGUGGCGCGCACGCUCAGCCCGAGGCCGCACGGGAGGCUGGCUGGCGUGCGCGCCCCCGCGGCGAUGGGCGGGGUCCGGGGCGGGGCCGCAGGAGCAGUAGGUGUUCGCAGCUUGGUCGCGACAGGUGCGCUAGGUAGAGCGCCGGGACCUGUGACAGGAGUGGUAGCAGCGCAGAGGAAAGGCGGCUUUUAGCCAGGUAUUUCAGUGUCUGUAGACAAGAUGGAAUCAACUCCAUUUAAUAGACGGCAAUGGACCUCACUAUCAUUGAGGGUAACAGCCAAAGAACUUUCUCUUGUCAACAAGAACAAGUCAUCGGCUAUUGUGGAAAUAUUCUCCAAGUACCAAAAAGCGGCUGAAGAAACAAACAUGGAGAAGAAGAGAAGUAACACCGAAAAUCUCUGCCAGCACUUUAGAAAGGGGACCCUGACUGUGUUAAAGAAGAAGUGGGAGAACCCAGGGCUGGGAGCAGAGUCUCACACAGACUCUCUACGGAACAGCAGCACUGAGAUUAGGCACAGAGUGGACCAUCCUCCUGCUGAAGUGACAAGCCACGCUGCUUCUGGAACCAAAGCUGACCAAGAAGAACAAAUCCACCCCAGAUCUAGACUCAGGUCACCUCCUGAAGCCCUCAUUCAGGGUCGAUAUUCCCACAUCAAGGACGGUGAGGAUCUUAAAGACCACUCAACAAAAAGUAAAAAAAUGGAAAAUUGUCUAGGAGAAUCCAGGCAUGAAGUAGAAAAAUCAGAAAUCAGUGAAAACACAGAAGCUUCAGGCAAAAUAGAGAAAUAUAAUGUUCCGCUGAACAGGCUUAAGAUGAUGUUUGAGAAAGGUGAACCAACUCAAACUAAGAUUCUCCGGGCCCAAAGCCGAAGUGCAAGUGGAAGGAAGAACUCUGAAAACAGCUAUUCUCUAGAUGACCUGGAAAUAGGCCCAGGUCAAUUGCCAUCUUCUACGUUUGACUCGGAGAAAAAUGAGAGUAGGCGAAAUCUGGAACUUCCACGCCUCUCAGAAACCUCUAUAAAGGAUCGAAUGGCCAAGUACCAGGCAGCUGUAUCCAAACAAAGCAGCUCAACCAACUAUACAAAUGAGUUGAAAGCCAGUGGUGGCGAAAUCAAAAUUCAUAAAAUGGAGCAAAAGGAGAAUGUGCCCCCAGGUCCUGAGGUCUGCAUCACCCAUCAGGAAGGGGAAAAGAUUUCUACAAAUGAGAAUAGCCUGGCAGUCCGUUCCACCCCUGCUGAAGAUGACUCCCCAGGUGACUCCCAGGUUAAGAGUGAGGUUCAACAGCCUGUCCGUCCCAAGCCACUAAGUCCAGAUUCGAGAGCCUCCAGUCUUUCUGAAAGUUCUCCUCCCAAAGCAAUAAAGAAGUUUCAGGCACCUGCAAGAGAGACCUGCGUGGAAUGUCAGAAGACAGUCUAUCCAAUGGAGCGUCUCUUGGCCAACCAGCAGGUGUUUCACAUCAGCUGCUUCCGUUGCUCCUAUUGCAACAACAAACUCAGUCUAGGAACAUAUGCAUCUUUACACGGAAGAAUCUAUUGUAAGCCUCACUUCAAUCAACUCUUUAAAUCUAAGGGCAACUAUGAUGAAGGCUUUGGGCACAGACCACACAAGGAUCUAUGGGCAAGCAAAAAUGAAAACGAAGAGAUUUUGGAGAGACCAGCCCAGCUUGCAAAUGCAAGGGAGACCCCUCACAGCCCAGGGGUAGAAGAUGCCCCUAUUGCUAAGGUGGGUGUCCUGGCUGCAAGUAUGGAAGCCAAAGCCUCCUCUCAGCAGGAGAAGGAAGACAAGCCAGCUGAAACCAAGAAGCUGAGGAUUGCCUGGCCACCCCCCACUGAACUUGGAAGUUCAGGAAGUACCUUGGAGGAAGGGAUCAAAGUGUCAAAGCCCAAAUGGCCUCCUGAAGAUGAAAUCAGCAAGCCUGAAGUUCCUGAGGAUGUCGAUCUGGAUCUGAAGAAGCUAAGACGAUCUUCUUCACUGAAGGAAAGAAGCCGCCCAUUCACUGUGGCAGCUUCAUUGCAAAGCACCUCUGUCAAGAGCCCAAAAACUGUGUCCCCAUCUAUCAGGAAAGGCUGGAGCAUGUCAGAGCAGAGUGAAGAGUCUGUGGGUGGAAGAGUUGCAGAAAGGAAACAAGUGGAAAAUGCCAAGGCUUCUAAGAAGAAUGGGAGUGUGGGAAAAACAACCUGGCAAAACAAGGAAUCUAAAGGAGGAGAGACAGGGAAGAGAAGUAAGGAAGGUCAUAGUUUGGAGAUGGAGAAUGAGAAUCUUGUAGAAAAUGGUGCACACUCCGAUGAAGAUGAUAACAGCUUCCUCAAACAACAAUCUCCACAAGAACCCAAGUCUCCGAAUUGGUCGAGUUUUGUAGACAACACCUUUGCUGAAGAAUUCACUACUCAGAAUCAGAAAUCCCAGGAUGUGGAACUCUGGGAGGGAGAAGUGGUCAAAGAGCUCUCUGUGGAGGAACAGAUAAAGAGAAAUCGGUAUUAUGAUGAGGAUGAGGAUGAAGAGUGACAAAGUGCAAUGAUGCUGGGCCUUAAAUUCAUGUUAGUGUUAGUGAGCCACUGCCCUUUGUCAAAGUGUGAUGCACAUAAGCAGGUAUCCCAGCAUGAAAGGUAAUUUACUUGGAAGUAACUUUGGAAAAGAAUUCCUUCUUAAAAUCAAAAACAAACGAAAAAAAACCACAACACAUUCUAAAUGCUAGAGAUAACUUCAGUUAAAUUCUUCAUUUUAGCAGUGAUGAUAUGCAUAAGUGCUGUAAGGCUUGUAACUGGGGAAAUAUUCCACCUGAUAAUAGCCCAGAUUCUAUUGUAUUCCCAAAAGGCAAUAUUAAGGUAGAUAGAUGAUUAGUAGUAUAUUGUUACACACUAUUUUGGAAUUAGAGAACAUACAGAAGGAAUUUAGGGGCUUAAACAUUACGACUGAAUGCACUUUAGUAUAAAGGGCACAGUUUGUAUAUUUUUAAAUGAAUACCAAUUUAAUUUUUUAGUAUUUACCUGUUAAGAGAUUAUUUAGUCUUUAAAUUUUUUUAGGUUAAUUUUCUUGCUGUGAUAUAUAUGAGGAAUUUACUACUUUAUGUCCUGCUCUCUAAACUAUAUCCUGAACUUGACAUCCUGAGGUAUAAUACAACGGAGCACUUUUUGAGGCAAUUGAAAAACUAACCUACACUCUUCGGUGCUUGGAGAGAUCUACUGUCUCCCAAAUAAGCUUUUGUAUCUGCCAAUGAAUUUACUGUACUCCAAAUGAUUGCUUUCUUUUCUGGUGAUAUCUAUGCUUCUCAUAAUUUACUGAAAGCUGCAAUAUUUUAGUAAUACCUUUGGGAUCACUGUCCCCUAUCUUCCAUGUUAGAGCAAAGUGAAGAGUUUAAAGAAGGAAUAAGAAAGAACUGUCUUACACCACUUGAGCUCAGACCUCUAAACCUUGUAUUUCCCUUCUGAUGUCCCCUUUUUGAGACACUAAUUUUUAAAUACUUAUUAGCUCUGAAAUAUAUUGAUUUUUAUCACAGACAGUAUUCCCAGGGUGAAAUUAAACCAACUAUAGGCCUUUUUCUUGGGAUGAUUUUCUAGUCUUAAGGUUUGGGGACAUUAUAAACUUGAGUACAUUUGUUGUACACAGUUGAUAUUUCAAAUUGUAUGGAUGGGAGGGAGAGGCGUCUUAAGCUGUAGGCUUUUCUUUAUACUGCAUUUAUAGAGAUUUAGCUUUAAUAUUUUUUAGAGAUGUAAAACAUUCUGCUUUCUUAGUCUUAGUCUGAAACAUUUUUAUUCAAUAAAGAUUUUAAUUAAAAUGUGA